CACAUAAGCUCCCGCCCAGCUGGUGACUGCUGCGGUCAUACGAACAGCCAGCAAUGGAAGGAGAAACGGCGACAUCACCAUCAACAGAUCUCUCCAACCCAACCAAACCCCUAGACCACUCCCUUCAAAAAAGGCACCAAGCAAUGCUCGAUCGCCUCUCUAACCGCCAUCAAACCCUCAGCAAAUCAUCCUCCUCCUCCUCUGCUACUGAAUCCACCGCUGCUUUCCUUUCCAAAUUCUCCGAUUCCAGACUCUCAAUUGAGUUCCAACUUUCCGAAUCAUCGAAACUCGCCGCCACCGAUAUCACACGCCUAAAAUCUCAUCUCGUCGAUAUUUCCUCCUCCAUUUCGGCUCUUGAACAACUUGUCGCCGAAAACUCCUACUUACUUCCCUCCUACGAACUUCGUUCCUCUCUCAAAGCCGUCUCGGAACUUAAGCAGUCUCUCGAUAGUCUGAACGCCGAGCUUGUCCCCAAGAAGAAAUUCUCCUUCAAAAACAAAUCUACAAGCAAAUCUUCACUCUCUGAACCUAAAGAAACCGAAAUCAUAAAACCCGAAGUACCAAAACCAGCGUUUGCAAUUAGGGAUUUGCCAGGAAUUAGAAACAAAGAAAAUGAGAUAUUAACAAAAAAUUUCAGAAGCUCAGAGACCGGUGAAUUUGGCUUAUCGGAUCUGGAUUCAUGUGAAGUGAGGUUGAUAGGUUGCGUUAAUGCAUUUUUCAUUAAUCGAUUAAGGAAUUGCAGAGUUUAUACGGGGCCAGUUAUGGGUUCAAUUUUGAUUGAGGAAGUUGAGAACUGCGUGUUUGUGUUGGCUUCACAUCAGAUAAGGAUACAUUACGCGAAAGGAAGUGAUUUUUAUCUGAGAGUGAGGAGUAGGCCUAUAAUUGAGGAUUGUGAAGGCGUUAGAUUCGCGCCUUACUGUUUGAGCUAUGAAGGGAUUGAGGACGAUAUGAGGAAGGCAGGCUUGGCGGAGGACACUGGGAAUUGGAGCAACGUGGACGAUUUCAAGUGGCUGAGGGCUGUGCAGUCGCCCAAUUGGUCUGUUUUGCCGGAAAGUGAGAGGGUCGGGGUAAUUGAGCUCAAGGAUUUGGGAAGCAUGAGUGGAGCGAGUUAGGGUUUAUGGGACCGUGAAUUCUUGUUUAGAUAUGCGAAUUCCAGUGCAGGCGUGGAUUUGCCCCUCUCAAAAUUGGUUCUCUUCAGGAAACGCAAUCUCGUCUUUUGGUUAUAAAUGUUUUUAUUGAUAAAUUUUUGCCCGUAUUCUCUUCUGAUAUCCAAUUGAGUGGUACAGAGAGCAAGAUACUUGCCAAGGUAUGUAUUUGCUGUCAUUUCAUUGGUGUUAGUCAUUCAGUGCCUGUAAAUUAGUAUUUUGAUAAUGGAAAUGCUGCAAGAUUCAAGUGAUGGACAAUUUUCUUACUUUCUUUUCCAA